UGUUUACACCUGCAGUGACAGAGAGACACACUCCGCCACUGACAGGGAAGCCUAACCGAUAUAAGAAGCCACAUUGUCGCGAGAGGUUAUUGUUUCGCAGACGCUCACUGGGAUUUGGCAGCCUCUGCCCAUUGGUACCCCAAGAGGGAAGCUACAUCCUCAGCCACAGGCUCCAGGAAGGAAGCCCUCUUGCUGUUCACCAUGGACGAGACAGAUGUGGAGCAGGUGACCCUGGCUCUACUAGAUGCAGCCACUGAUAAAGACUCAGAGGUCCAGGAACAGGUCAGAAAGUCUAUGUUGACCCUGGGAAAGCAGCAUCCAGACAGAGUGUUAGCCAUGUGUCAGGACUACCUUCUGAAACACCCAAAGUUGGUGGUGACCCACAGAGUUGUGAUUCUUCAGACUAUUGAGCUGAUUGUGGGCUGCAGGAUAGAGGAUGUCAGUUAUCCCAGGAUAAAGAGUAUUAUCUCCUUGGCCUCCGAUGAGAUGACACGGUCAAAGGAGGUCAUCCCUGAUUGGCAGCAGGCAGCCAGUAAUAUCUUGGUUGCUGUGGGUAACAAGCACAUCAAUGACAUCAUGGAGGAGAUACUAAGCAAGUUUCAGCCAGGGCUGCUGCCUCACUUCUUUGUGGUCCAGACACUAGCCAACCUUUCUGACUCAAAUGUUUAUGGUAUGGUACCCUUCCUGAAUGCUAUUCUGGGCACCAUGUUGCCCAUGUUAAGCAUGGCCAAACAGGACAAUAUGAAGUGGGUCUUCUCUUCUGCUCUGUGCCAUUUCAGCGACAGCAUCUUGGAGUACCUCGCCAAUCUGGACAAGGCUCCAGAUCCCACAGUCAGAAAGGACACAUUUUCCAGUGAAAUCCAUGCUGCUUUCGACAUCCUCUUCAGUAACUGGUUGCAAAGCAGGGAGUCUAAGUUGAGGCUAACAGUAGCAGAGGCAGUGGGCUCUAUGUGCCAUCUGAUGGCCAGUGAUAAACUGGAGGAGCAGAUUCCUAAACUCAUUCCUGCCAUCCUGUCCCUGUACAAGAAAAAUAACGAGCACUAUGUCAUUAGCAAGAGUUUGUGCCAAGUGCUUGAUGCUUCUGUCAACAUGGGCAGCAGGGUGCUGGAAACACAACUGGACAGUCUGCUCUUUGCACUGCAUCAACAGGUGUCUGCCCCUGUUGAUUACAGCAACCCUCCUACAAUCAAGAACCACAAUGAGGUCCUGCGCUGCUUCAGCAUACUAGCUAAGUCUUUCCCAGACCGGCUGGUUAUGUUUGUUCUUCAGAAGUUGGAGAACAGUAAUGAGCGAAGCAGGGUGGGCUCCCUGGCUGUCCUUCGUCACCUCAUCAACUCCACCACAUCCACAAUGGAGAGUAAGAAGCUGCUGAUUCUGGCCAGCAUCAGACAACCAAUGGCUGACCACAGCAAUAAGGUCAAGAAGCAUGUGAUCCAGGUGAUCAGCGCGAUGGCUCAUCAUGGCUACCUGGAGUUAGAGGGAGGGGAGUUACUGGUUCGAUUUAUUGUCCAACACUGUGCCUUACAUGACACCUAUCGGCGGGACCAGAAGCCCACAGAUCCAGAGGAGGUGACUAAUGAGGCCCUGAGGACGAUGUGUGAUAACACCCUUCAUCUCCUGACCACCACUGUUGGACGACUAGCUGAUGUGCUGUGGCCAAAGCUGCUGUACUAUCUGACCCCUUCACAGUACAGCAAUGCCACCACUCCUCUGUGCAAGAGUCUGGUAGUGCUGGGCACCAAGAAGAAAAACAACCACGAGCCCAGCUUCAACAUAGACUUCACACAGGAAGUCAAUCUGCCCUCUCCUCAAACACUAAUGGUCAGACUGAUGGUGAAUGCAGCGUUCCCAUUCAAUAGCAGAGGUCAUGGAGCUCCAUCCCUCUCUCUCCUCCAAAUCCUCAGUGUCAACAUUCACCCCAAUACAGAGAUACUCUGGGAGAAAGAGAUACCUCCUCUGCUUUCAGUGCUAGAGGAGUCAACGGCAGAGAGCCUGGAUAAGAAGUGCUGGAGUGAAAAGUUGCUGAAGCUCUUGUCUAAAACCCUGGCAACUAUUGAUGAUGACAAGUGGGUGUGUCAGUUGGCAGCUGAGGCAACAAGGUACCUCUCCACAUACAACAACGCCUUAGAGGAGAAGAGUUUCCUGUAUCGAUGUAUAGGAGUGACUCUCCAACAGUGUUUCAAUAAGGAGGUGGUUAAAAAACAGCUGCAGGAGAUCCUCUUCGCAGCACGACACAAUGAUGCGGUCGAAAGAGAGGGAGUUGCAAUGGGCAUCGGCCUGUGUGCCAACAGCCACUUAGAGGGAACUCUGGCCAAGCUCGAUGAGUUCGGCAAAUCAGACGCCUUCAAGAAGUCACCAAGCAUCUUCAAUCUUCUCAAAGAGCGUAAUGAUGUGGAGGUAGAGAAGGUGAAAAGUACAUUAAUCUUGUGUUAUGGUCAAGUGGCUCUGAACGCACCUCCAGAAAAGAUAUUGAACCGCAUUGAUCAAGACAUCCUUCGCUGCAUCAGUAAACACUUCAAUACCAAGGUUCUGGGGAUUAAAGUAGAGACAAAGGACCUGACUAUGAAGCUCAGCUUGAUCCAGAGUGUCGGGCUCAUAGCCAAAGCCAUCAGUGAGUGUGUGAAGAAACAAGGCUACGUCUUCUCUCGCAAACAGGAGCUCAUUACUGUCAUGCUGGAUUUUAUCAAGGCAGAGCCAGCUGAUUCAUUGAGGACUCCAGUACGCCAUCUUGUGAUGACCACCUGUGCCAACCUAAUGCCUCUGGAGCCUGCGCUGAGUGAGAAUGAGAGCUUCGACCUGCUAAAGGUGUGCGUGAACAGUGUGUUCUCGCUGCCACCUGAGACACACACCCCAGAGAAAACUAAAGAAGAGGAGAUACUGGACCCCAAGCAGAGAAAGGCAUUGUACAAGGACACAUUUACUGCACUGCAGGAGCUGCUGAAAAGUGUACUGGCCAAGGAUCCCACACCUGAUGGCAUGCAGAGUGUCUUCAAGCACAUUGAAUCAUGGUUGAGCUCUAGACAUGACUAUGAGAGAGAGAGAGCCGUCACAGCUACUGCUCACUUACUGGCUUACUACCUGGAUAACCUGACUGUCAAGAACAUGGUGUCUUUUCACAAUCUUGGAGCUCUGCUGGGUCGACUGUCUCCACGAUGUUCUGAUCCUCACCCUGUUGUACGCACUGCUGCUGUUGAUUGUAUAUACACGCUGCUUUACAUACAGCUACGAUAUGAAGGUUUCUCCUUAGAUUAUAAGGAUGAAGCUGUGGACAGUCUCUUGCCCAUCAAAGACCGAUUAGAAAACCCGGACCACUCAGUUCUAUAUAAGACCUGCUCUGACCUCACCAAGGUGAUGAGUAAGCGUCUGCCGCAGCAGCAGCUGACAACAUUGGUGUUCAUGUUGUUUGAAGGGCUGGUCGACAGUCAGACAAACUGCUGCAGAGCUUCAUCUGUCAUCCUAAAUACUCUGCUCAAGAACAGAGGAGGGGGACUACAAGAGCUGGUGCCAGAGAUGCUGGAGGUGCUUCAUGUGCGUCUGCAGGGCAUCACAGAGGAGCAGGUGAGAGUGGCAGCAGGACAGACGGUACUAAUCCUGGCUUCUCAGCAUCUACAGACUGUUGUCAGUACACUAGUUAACCAACCACUUCCUUAUGACAGCUGGACCAGUGAGAUGUGGAUGGCCUUGGGAGCAGACCCCAUCGUAGCCAAACAGAUCAUUGAAAUGGUGAUGGAGAAGCUACUCAUCAUGGCGCCCUACGUCGACAAGAAAGAGUCAAUGGUCAGAGGAGGGACAACAAAGGUGGCCACCAAUCAGCCACUGGCUAUGACAUGUGGCCUCAAAGAACUGUUAUUAAAUGGCCAGAGUCAGGAGCCGGCAGCCAGCCUGUUCCCUCAGCUCUUCUCGUGUCUCACUGUCAGACUGGGAGCGAGUGUCGGAGUCUCAGCACCGAAGGACAACAACACCAAACAUGCUGCCUCGGUCCAUGUAGCAGGGGUAGCAGCUGAUGCCCUGCGAAUCUUGUUAGCACGGGCCCAGUUAGAUGAGGUGAUGAACAGAAUGGAUGAAGACAAGGCCUGGGAUGCAAUAAAGGAACCAAAUGCACACAUUACUGGAGUUACGCUCCUGGCAAGGGCAAUGUCAAAGCAUGCUGGUCCCAGGUUGCCCGCCAUUGUGGAGUGUCUGUGUCCCUCCUUGAACAACAUCUAUGAAUGCCAGAGAAUCACCGUCACUGCUUUCUUCUCUGAGCUCUUAAACCACCACGUGGUGACGGAGUUGAUGUUAAUAGAUGUGUUAAUGAACAACAUGAUGGAGAGGAUAUCAGACCCCUGUUGCACUGUCCGCAUGUUGGCUGUGCGGGGGCUGGGCAAUAUAGCCGUGGGAUCGCCUGAAAAGGUGAACAAAUAUGCCAAGGAGCUGCUUGCAGCCAUGAGUUCAGGCAUGGAGGAGAAAGACGAUCCAGGUAAGCUGAUUACGCUUGAAGCCAUGUCCGGUCUUUCUAAAGUCCUCCUCUAUCUGGACAAGAAGAACGUCCACUUACUGGUUGUCUACAUCUUCAUGAAGAUCAAACCAUUCUUGGAAAGUGAGAAUGAUGAGAUCCGCUGUGCUUCCAUCCAUCUAAUGGGGAACCUGUCCAAGUUUGGCUCAGGAGAACCAGUGUUCAAAGACCAGAUCCACAAUGUUCUAGUCAGCCUGCUGUUACACCUGGUUGACCCAAACCCACAGGUGGUCAAGGCAUGUAAGUAUGCAAUGCGAGUGUGUGCUCCGGUUGUGGGAUCAGAGCAGAUCACAGCCAUGUUUCAGAACCACCUCCUCGAUGACAAGAGCUUGCACUACGGCGAGUUCAUCAAUGACCUCACCAAGUACCUGAUUCAGGACUUUCCAGGUAUGCUGAACUUUUAUCACAUCUCAGUCAUCCAGUUCUUCAAGAGCAACUGGCCUGAGGUCAGAGCAGGAGCCGCCAUGUUCAUAGGGUUUCUGCUGGGAAAUCUUCCAGAGGAGCAUUUCUCCCACCUCAACAUGGGCACCAUAACUAAAGGUUUAGUGAUGCUGCUCCAAGAUCCAGAUCCUGUAGUGAGAGUGAAGGCUGCUGAGGCCAUGGGACAUUUCCACUGACAUACACACACAAUGACCUACACACAAAUCUCAGUGUUUCCGUCAGCCACGAGUGGUAGGAGGUCGCCACUUCAUAAAAACACGAAAAAAGUAAGAAAUACCUAUGGUUUAGUUUACAUAAGCAUUUUGAGCCCACCACUGAAAUGUGUUGUCAUCGUAACAGUGAUUGAAUGAAGUUGUUAAAACGAAAACAGGGACCAAAAGAGGAAUAAAUGUGGAGCCAGAAGCCAAACUGACGGAUUUACCAAUGUUCGAUAAUCAACACUGAGUACACACAUUCAUACCUACAAAUGCACAUAUAAUUAGCCAUUAGCAGCUUUGUUUAGCUUCGUUUGACACGCAGCUGUGGUACUUGAACGGAUAUGUUAAUUCUAGUGACCAAAGACUGUGUUGCUCUACACAGAUAGUUGUCUGUAGCGUUUAGCAUUCUGUCAGCGUGGCAAUACUAGAGAUAUACUGUGUUCUGUGUGUGAAGUAUACCAUGCAACAAGAAGUUUCUAAUGCAAAGGCUAAAAACACAUUUGAACUUCAGUAAAAAAGAAAGAAUAAAUAGUUUCUUCAAAUAUGAUGCGCAAAUGAUAACAAUAAUGCAUAUUCAAAAUACAUGACAAUGAUUUCACAUGACUCUGGCUGGUAGCUGAAGUGUGUGUGUGUGUGUGUGUGUGUGUGUGUGUGUGUGUGUAGUCAUACCAGCAUAUCGUGACAGUGUUGUUAGGUUUAGUUUCAGACCAUCUCUUUACUUCCAAUGUUGUUGGCUUGGUUUUAGUGUUCUACAGACCCUUCCUCUGAUCAUUUCUGAGCUUGGUCUCAUGAAGAUGCAAUGAAACAUUUAAGUCAGUCAAAUGUGUGGUACUAUGAGUACGUUUUUGAAAAAACUCACAUGGAGUGGAUCAUAGAAAAGCUGCUAAAAAUGCUGAAUGCACAAGAACUCCAGCAGCAGUUUGUGUUAAGGUUUGUAGUGGUGUGUGAGGGAUGUAACUCAAAGAAGACAGGGUGGCUACAGUCUAAUUGCUGUGUCCAGUAGUCCAUAUCACCUAGCAGGCUUUGUCAAAUCAACCAGCAAUAACCCGUCAGUAACUAUUCUGUACUUUAUAUAUCUCUAACAACAUGGCUAGUGCUUACUGAUGGAGCUGUAUGUACAGUAGCAGCAGUUCACACCAUGUCAAUUGGCUCCUUCAGAACAGAGUAAAGACAGUUCAUCCAUCUCCUGUAAGUUCUUGAAACUCAUGCACACAUUGGUGCCAAGCUCACCUCCUCCACUAAGCCAAAAGCUGUUUACAAAUCACUGCCACUGCUAGAGCUCAAAGGCCACACUGGACGCUUCCUGUUGCACAUAAUUUAUGAUGCAAUUUCACAUUACGGGCCUCAAGAGCGUUUAGCCUUGCGCUGUGCAGACAUGAAUUAUCGCAGUAACGGUGUCCGGCAUCCUGUGGCAGCCAUCAUGAACACACCAGCCAAAUAACGGUUAGAAUCUUUUUAAUGUGGUCAUCAUUUGUGAUCAUGUCAUGUACAUUUUGCAUCACCAUGUAAUCCACGAUUCUGAGAGAGAUGAACACUAGUUAAUGUUAGCCAGCUCCAGCCAAUCAAACCAUUACCUACCAGUGUUGUCAGGCGGAACAGACCGGUGUAGCCAUGCUGGGCAAAGUUAGUGCCAAAUAUUAACUGAUAACGUAUAUUAUAAUAGCACUAUAGAGAUUCCAUUGAUGAUUUUUCCUUCCAUCACUUUGAAUGCACUUAAUAUCAUUACGUCGUUAUUCCAUUAAAUGAUGGAGUUUGUACAGUUUUACGGUACAGUUGUGGGUUUGCAGGCCUCUUACUAUCAUGUAAAUAUAUGAUUGGGUGUUGUAUUAUGUAAGGAUGUCUCUUCAUGUAACUAAAUUUUAUGUCUCCAAAUUAAUUCACUCAAAUGCCAACAGGCAGGGAUGAAAAAUGAAAAAUAAUCCGUUAUGCAUCUUCAUUUGAAUUCCUUUGGUGACAAAAAACAUUUAAUGAGGUGAAAGCAAUACGUUUGUUCUGGAAUAAAUGAUUAUAUGUGUGUUCA